AUGAAAUCCAUUACAUUUCGAACAAGUUAUCGCCGCUUCCUUGGUUUUCUACUUUCAAGAAGAGUCCAGCGUUGUGUAUGCAUUUUUCUUGUGCUAUUGGCGGUGCUAAUACUGAUCUAUCGCUACACACAGUCUUCUGUAUACAAGAUUUAUUAUCGGCCUUCGGGGAUCGACUUUCGCGUUCCAUCUGCACAUACAAAGCCCGAUAUGGACGGGCAUUAUUUUUUACUUGUGAUUGUUACGUCUACACCAUCAGCAAGAGCGAGGAGAGACCUCAUCCGAUCAACCUGGGGUGACGCUAAUAAUACUGAUAUUACAGUGCGUUGGAAACUGGUAUUCAAUCUGGGACAAAGCUCUAGCAAUGAGAUUAAUUCACAAGUUGUAACGGAGGCGUCCUUAUUCAAUGAUGUAUUCAUGGGGGAGUUUACGGACACCUACAUGAAUCUAGUUCUUAAAGUAUUUGCUGCGUUUUCUUGGGCGAAUAAGAUUGAUUGUGAUUAUAUUCUCAAAGCUGAUGAAGACGUUUACAUAAAUUUGCCUCAGCUAGUCACAUGGCUAAAACGUCCAGGGGUCCCGGACAGUUUGUACGGCGGAGCCCUGGCGAAAAAUACUGGCGUUUACCGAUACCCAUGGCACAAGCAUUUCAUAAGCUAUAAAACAUACAAGUCUGACAAGCUGCAUACGUAUUGUAGGGGACCUUUCUAUAUUCUUUCCCAUAAUGUCUUGUCCAGUAUAAUUCAGAGGGAAGUCUUUAGGGAUGUAUUUCCAAUUGAAGAUGCAUAUGUUGGGUUACUGGUUAAGCGUCUUGGUGUGGAACCAUUACAGCUCCCUGGUUGUGUGUGGGAAAGAGAGCGGAACCUUGGGACAGUAUUGUGUGACCUGCUAUCUUUUGUGUGUUUCGGGGACUCGCUUUCAGCAGCUAAUAUCAACCAUAUUCAUAAAAAAUAUCUGGAACUGGAAAAGAUCAACAGGACAGUAGCCAUGAAAAUAUGUCAUCUUAAUCAGCUAUAAUAGAUAGUUUGUUCAUAAUCAAGUCAAGAGUAGUUCAUUCAGGCUUAGGCUACCCUUCUUUGAUGGUUAUGAUAUGAGAAAGCCUCGAAAUGUCCAAGGCUAUGGAUGAUAGCCGAGGCUUAGGCCCAACCAAAGCACUGAUAUUUGAAUUGAAACAACAGUCAAACUGAUACAGUAAAAAUUACAAUAAAUAGUGACAGGUUAUAAGAGAUGAACUGUAAAGUGAUUUAGUAGUUUAUACAACCAUGUUUUGACAAUUUGCCUUUUAUUUUUCACCAACACCUUUUUGCAUUGAUUUUCAGUUUGAAUUACAAAGGUUUGAAUUACAUCUAUAUGCUUUGUAAUGUUAGGGUCCCACUGGCACCUGAAUUAUUAUUGAAUAAUGAUAAAAAAGAUUUUGACGCAUGCACAGUAAAA